AUGGGUGGUCGUCGUUUUGUGGAAACAACCGAAGACGGGUGGUCGAAACUCCGCAGGCAAGGCAAACAAAGACAAAAGAAUGACACUUCCACGUUCUACGUCGCGGGAUUCCCAUAUGGGACCUGUAAAAUGGAUUUGCAAGGAAUCUUUGACGCAUUUGGGCAAAUAUCGGACAUCUAUAUUGGUGGGAAGAAGAAUCGACGUAAUCAGAACUUCGCUUUUAUUCGAUAUGCUGGUGUGAACGACACAGAUGGUAUGGAAGUGAAAAUGAAUGGUGUCAGAUUCCGUGGAGUAACCCUACUCGCUAACCUCGCCAAAUACCAAAAAGAGAGUUACAAUCGCAGACAGACAUUCAGUAGAAAACCAAAGGUAUCGAACGUCACUACGGGGACUAAAUUUGGAAGCAGGGAUUCGAGAACCUUUGCGCAGGUGACUGCAUGA